AUGAAAUUCGUCACCGCUGCUGCCAUCAUGCUGGGUGUUGCCUCGGCCGCCCCUACUGCAACCAUUGAAAAGCGCGCUCAACAGUGCGGUCAGUGGGACAGCAAGGUCACCGGCGCCUACACCCUGUACCAGGAUCUCUGGGGCAUCUCCGGCUACUCUGGCUCUCAAUGCUCCGACAUCAACAGCCUCAGCGGCAGCACCCUAAACUGGUGGACCACCUGGUCAUGGUCUGGCGGCUCCAGCCAAGUAAAGUCCUACGCCAACGUCGUCACAAAGACCAACCCCGUCAAGAUCUCCGCCAUCAAAUCCCUCGCCACAUCCUGGAAAUGGGUUCAAACCGGCUCCAACGUCGUCGCCGACGUCGCCUACGACAUCUUCACGUCAUCCACUGCAGGCGGAAAGAACGAAUACGAAAUCAUGGUCUGGCUCGCUGCUCUGGGUGGUGCUGGCCCCAUUUCCGCCACCGGCUCUCCCAUCGCUACCGUCACUGUUGCUGGCCAUAGCUGGAAGCUUUGGUACGGAAACAAUGGUGUCAACGAGGUUUACUCGUUCACUCCUAAUGGAAGCAAUGUUGCUAGCUUCAAUGGAGACUUGAUGGAUUUCUUUGCUUACUUGAUCAAGAGUCAGGGAUUCAAGGAUAGCCAGUACUUGAUUUCUGUUGGUGCUGGAACUGAGCCUUUCACUGGUUCUAACGCUAAGCUUACCUCUGCUUACAGCUUGGUUCCUUCUUACAAGUAG